AAUGCUCCUUGUUUCUCUUCUACACCAGGAGGAAGAAAUAUGUCUAUCUUAUGUUUAUGUGGCACUGAAAUACAAUGAAUGAGUGGUUAGAUAUAUUCAUGAAGUAGAUGUGCUCACACCAAUGAGGCUGGAUGAAAGACAAGGGAAAUGUAACCAGUUUUGUGUUAAUAUGAACUGGACCUGCGCAAAGGUUAACUGUGCCAUGCAUUGAAUAGCAUGAAAAAUCAUGUUUAAAAUUCUUGUAUUGAGUAAUGUUUGUGCGCACACAAGGUCUGGGGUUCAGGAUGAGGAGAGAGAGAGAGGAUAAGGGAGGAGGCUGCUCACAUCAAAGGCUCUACAAGUUAAUGAGGGACCUAGCAGAGAGUCUGGAGCAGCUCCACACCCACAUACACAAACUGAGAAACAGCAAAAAAACAACAGCACCAGAAAGCAACAAAGAAAAAAACACAGGACAACAUUCUCGCUGAGUUUGAGAUGAUGUGGCGUGAGCUACGCAGUCGGCAGUUUUGGCGCGCCAUGCUGGCGGAGCUGCUGGGCACCCUGGUGUUGGUGAGCGCCGUGCUGGGAGCCUGUGUGCCAGGCCACGGGGAGGUCACGGGGGGACCCUUGUACCCCGCGGUGGCCGUGGGUGUGGUAGUUGUUGCAAUGGCACACUGUUUUGGGGACGUGAGCGGGGCACAGAUGAACCCUGCUGUGACUCUGUCUCUGUUGGCCACGCGGAGGCUGGACGUUCUCAGGGCGCUGGUUUAUGUGGCUGCACAGUGUCUGGGGGCCUCUCUGGGGGCCGGGGCCCUCUACUUGGCCCUGCCAGUGAAGGCUACUGCAGAUUACUUCGUUAACAGGGUCCCCUUAGAGUUGAAUGCGGCCCAGGCUCUGGGGGUAGAGAUGUUGUGCACCUUUCAGUUGGUCUUAACCGUGUUCUCAGUGGAGGAGCAACGACGCAGGGAGAGUCCAGAACCAGGGAACUUGGCCAUCGGAUUAGCUCACACCGCUGGAGUGCUAAUAGGGGCCAGGUUUUCUGGUGCAAGUAUGAAUCCCGCACGCUCCUUGGGUCCAGCCAUCGUCACUGGCUUCUGGGAAAAUCACUGGCUUUACUGGAUCGGACCGGUGCUUGGUGCCGUUCUAGCUGGAGUGUCCCAUGAGUUCUUCUUCGCACGCAGUGCCUCUCGCCAGAAGCUGGUGGCCUGUCUGACCUGCAAGGAUAUUGAGAUUGUGGAGACGGCCAGUAUGACAGGGUCCUCGCUGUCCACCGUCACACAGAAUGCCCUGAGAGCCAAACAGGCCAACAAACAGGAAAACAACUGAGGCAAAAAGCACAUGAAAGCAUAACAGCGAGGAGUUGAAUAUAUAUAAGCAAAAUCUACAAACUGGAAAGUAAUUAAUGUUUAAUUUGACAAAAUUUCAGCCCUCUGAAUAAUUAUUGAGUCAAUUAUAAUAAAUUAUGAAGGUUAACUGCAGCCAUUAGAAAUACUCUGUGGAGUGAAAAGUAUUUAUGAGGUUUCUCUAAAACAGCCAAAGUGCAGUUCAAGAGAGAAACUGGAACCAAAAGGUGUUGUUCUUCAGUGUUAUUUUUCCUGUUUCCCUUUAUGACAAGUCAAAAAGUGUGUCUUUCUCCUCCUCCCGUGUGAUUGAGUACAAGCUUUCUGUUCUACGAACCAUAGCAAAGGGAACAAAGUGAAUGUUAUUGAUGGUUCUGAUGAGGAUUAUAAUGUCUGGAAACUAAUAUCACACAUAUUUUAAUAUAUAGCUCUGAGCAGAGACUUUAACAGCUCUGAAUAUGUGUGUGCUUCUUGCUUAUGAAUUCAACUUUGGUUUGGAGAAAGGAAUGAAAUAUUUCCACCUUGGCCUCGUGUGGCCUCAUGAAAUAUUUCUGUCCUACAUCCUCAAAGCACAGUGAAUGUGACACACAUGACGCAGAGAGUUACUGUCAAGCCACAGUCCAUCCAGUCUUUCAGUGUCAUUCCAUUAAAGUGAUUUCAGCACGUCCUGCAGCAGCAUCAGUUUCUGGAUGUGAACUGUGAGCGUUAUCGUUGCCUGUCAUUAGUGUCGCCGUUGUGAGAUUCAUCAUUAUUACUUUAACAUUUGCACAUCAUUGGACAAAAUAAUGAGGCUCAUUGAGUAUCUGCUGCAAAACACGCCUAUGUUGAGCGUUUUAGGGUCCAUGCUGUGGUAACCACUGCUUUGAAAUGCUGAAGAGACGCUCGCUCUGGGCUGCGCUUCAGUUACGCUCUCAAUCAGCCCAACACCGCUCUCAUGCCUGCUCCUGUUCGUGACCGUCUCUUCUCAGAGGGCUCCUAUUCAUACUCAAAUUAACCUCCAUACCUGUGUAAUGGUUCCACAGAAAGAGCGCCCACAGUGGAAACAGGCUUUGUAAUGUGAAAUGGAUCCAACAAGCGUGUGUGGGUGCAGCACAGACAAUUAGAUCCUUUUUCUACAUAAAACCUUUGUUCAAACCUGCAUGUUUUAUAUAUGUUGCCAUGUUUGUAAAAAAUGUAGUGUAUUUAGCUAUAUAUUACAUUUAAAUGUAUACACUGACUGUAUAAUGCACUUUAUUAUCUGACACAUUUCAAAUAAAACCUUGCUAGUCAUCAAUUUA